CUUGGCAAGGAACCAGCCACAGCGCGCGCAACGGACCAAUAUUAACCCGUGCCUGGCCUGGGAACAAAUCAACGACCCGUUUCCUUUGAAUUUGCGCUCGGGAACUUACAAUAGUUAAUUGUUUGUUGACAGUCGCGAGCUUGAGGAUUUCCGGCGAGCUGUUUCCGCGCUGGAGAAAAUAUAUCGACUUUCAUUAUUACGCGGGUAUGAGCGAAGUUAAUCGGCGCGCCUAAAUCGAGGUCCUCUGUUUUCUCUGGCGCUCUCAUUUCUUUUCAAGUAGUUUACCAGUUAAGCUCCUAGGUACCCCAACGUGCUGUUGUCAAAUUCCUUGCCAUUUUCUCUUUGAGCUCAAGCGAGCACAAUACUUUCGCCGUAUAACUCGAUGGACAAUCCCUGUGGUGAACCCAAUCAGGAUGCGCCGUCCAGGGAUCCGCGCAAGUCGACCGACCCAUUGACGUUUGAUCCUGUCCGCGCGCUUGAAGAAUUUGCCUCGCAUGUAGCAUCCAUCGCGACUCUCUCUGGAGAGCGAGCAAGACUCAUAAAGCGGUCACAAGCCGAGUCAACUGACCUACGCAAGGCGACUGAUCGUACUUUUCAAUAUCCAUCGGUUGCAAAACGCCUGAAAGCAGGCAAAGAGGAGCUUGAUAAUGAGCUUGCUAGAGUUGAUGAAAAGCUUCAUGUUCAGCGACAAUGCAAGCGGAUCUUAUCAAAGAACUAGCC